AUGGCUUCACCAGCAGGCGGCUCAGACCUUUUUGCGAGCUACGAACAAGAUUUCCAAACCGUAGGCGAUGGCAUUCGUAACAAGAUUGACCAGCAAAUCCCCAGCCAAUCAGGAGAGCAACGUAAAGCAACGGUUCGAGCUGUAGAACGUGAACUGGACGAAGUUGAUGAAAUUCUUGGACAAAUGGAAAUGGAGAUCCUCAAUAUCCCUGCACCUUCUCGUACACGUCUUCAAGCAAAGCUUCGAUUAUACAAGUCCGAGGCUGAAAAGAUGAAACGCGAUCUCCGACGUGCCAAUGCAGUAGCCCCUCGCUCUUCCGAUCGUGAUGAAUUGUUUGGUGAUAUGCUUUCCAGUCAAAGUGAUCUCGACGCAUCUACCAUGGACCAACGUCAACGAUUGUUGAGUGGCACUGAACGAUUGGGUGAAUCAAGCAGGAGGUUGGAAGAUAGCCAUCGUUUGGCAUUGGAGACUGAAGGUAUUGGUGUCAAUAUUUUGAGCACACUCAAGGGACAACGUGAGACCAUGUUGCGUGCUAGAGAUACGCUGGCUGAAGCCGAUUCAUACAUUGACAAGGCAUCCAAGACACUUAAGGGCAUGGCUCGUCGCAUGGCGACAAACAAGAUGAUUACAGCUGCUAUCAUUUUGAUUCUAGUUGCUUUGAUUGUGCUUGUCAUUUGGACAAAGUUGUUCUAA